CAAGAGAGGAGCGGGCAGCCGUGCUCCCCCGAGAGACAGAGGGGGGAAACAGAGCCGCGCUCCUGCCUCGCGACCGCGCCGGCCGCCGCCGCCGUCCCCUUUACGCUGCUAGGUUUCCUCCUACUCCUCCUUGUCUCCUUUCUUCUCGGCCUCCUGGUCCGGUGACGGCGGGUGAGCGUGGCGGUCCGCGAAAACGAGCACCUGGGCAGCGGCGAGUCUCGUUCCAUGGCGGGGCACUUGCUGGUGGCGGUGACGGGGAGGAGGAGAAGAUGGUGGGAGGCGCCAUUGUUUGCGGCGGAGCAGCGCGCGACGCUGGUUAACGUGAAGCUGAAGUUGGUCAAGGAUCCGGCGCUCGACGGGGCGUUGUCGCGGCAGCGCCACCUCCGCGCUGCCCACCACCUGCUCGACCUCGCGUCCUCGCGGCCCGGCCACCGCAUCUCGUGCCCCGAGCUCCUCGCCGACAAGUACGUCCACAGGAUGUUUGGCUCCGCGGCCGCUGCGCUCGCCUUCCUCCGCAGAUACCACACCCUGUUCGCGCUCUCCCGCCGCGGUGGAGGCGGCGUGUCCCUCACGGACGCAGCGCUCGGCCUCCGGUGCCGGGAACUGGACUGCCUGGACGCCUCGGGGCCCGACCUGCUCGCUCGCCUCCGCCGCCUCCUCAUGCUCACCCUGCCGCGGUCGCUCCCGCUCCACACUGUCGACCUUCUCCGCUGGGACUUGGGCCUGCCUCGCGACUACCGCGCAUCAAUCCUCGGUCGCCACCCUGACCACUUCGCCCUUAGGCAGCCCGAGGGUGACGAGCGCAUCUGGCUCCACCUCCUCUCCUGGGACGACCGUCUGGCUGUCUCGGAACUCGAGAAGGCUGCGGCGGGCGGCGACACCACCUGCCUCCCAUUUCCGGUGAGCUUCACGAGGGGGUUUGGCCUGAGGAGCAAGUCUAUGGACUGGCUGAAAGAGUGGCAGACGCUUCCAUACACUAACCCGUACGCCGACGCCUCCGGCCUUGACCGUCGCACUGAUGUGUCAGAGAAGCGGAAUGUCGGAGUGUUCCAUGAGCUGCUGCACCUCACAUUGGCAAAGAGGACAGAGCGCCACAACGUGAGCAACAUGAGGAUGCUUCUUGGCAUGCCACAGAAGUUUACCAAGGUAUUUGAGCGUCACCCGGGCAUUUUUUACCUUUCAAGGAUACAUGGCACACAGACAGUUGUACUCAGGGAAGCUUACGGUGGCACGAGCCAGCUGCUUGAGAAGCAUGCACAUCCACUUGUUGCUAUCAGGGAGGAGUAUGCCACCAUGAUGAGGGCUGCAUUGCCACCAAGGAAAAGCAGAGAAAGCUGCAACUAUUGUGGUGAACUGGACGAGGAAAGUGAGGGAGAAGAAGGAACUGAACUCUCUUAAUGAAUGUCUUGUUGGCUCAAUUGAUUCUUAGUGCACCUGAAUGAAGCAAAGCUAGUGACUUGAGUGAAUGGAUGCUCUCUGAUGGUUCAGAGCUACAAAUGCAUUGGAGAUUGAAAAAUGGAAUAUACUCCCUCUGUUCCAAAAUAAUUGAAGUUAUAGGUUUGUCCUAAGUCAAACUUCAUUAACUUUGACCAAGUCUAUAUAAAAAUAUAUCAACAUCUACAACACCAAAUCUGCUUCGUUAGAUUCAUUAUGAUAUGUAUUAUCAUAUAAUAUACUCCCUUUGUCCCAAAGUUGUACUAAGGUUGGAACACUUAUUUUGGGACGGAGGGAGUGUUUAACAUUGUGGAUCUUAGCAGAUUUUUCUAUAGACUUUACCAAACUUCAAAAAGUUUCACUUAGGACAAUCCUACAACUUCAGUUCUUUUGAAAUGGAGGGAGCAGCUAACAGCAAGCGCCUUUUCUUGUCCAGAAAAAAUAUUUGUGGUUUUAAGGACAUUGUUGCUUAGCAGACUGGGAUGCCGUUUGAGUAUGGGGCCAAACAGUACCUACCUUGGAUGUUUGUCUCUGUUUUUCUAAAGAUGACCUUUUCUUCCCUGUUAUGCUGUCCUAAAAGGCCAAUGUCUUCAAGCAUAGUUAUAUAGGGCCUGGUUAUGUUUGGAAGAGCAGCUUUGAUUUUCCUUGCAGCCAUAUACAAGUUAGAAUUUUACAUUUUGCGUCCUUCAGAAACCAGACAGAGCCAACUUCAACGGUCUUUUACUUUAGGAAAUCAUAUGGUGGGCUAGAGAAUCACCAAUUAUACUUGCCUAUAAGGUGACGUUAAGCAGUAAGAAAUAUGUACUGAGCAUUCCUGUUAAAAAAAGCAAAUAUGAUCUGAACAAUUAUCUCCUGUAAUCAUUUGCAGUUCAGUACAUCUGGUCAACUGGUCAUAUUGCACUGCGAGGCAAUGCUAUGAUGGCCACAGGCAUAUCCAUUGUUCUUCCGUUUAUCACAAUGGAAUUCAGAAGGAACCUUUUGGAGCAUUUCAGCUGGUGAAGAGCUGGAGGAUCUCUAAAGGAAUGAAGAACGACUGGUCACAGCAGCGGGAACAGGGACAUCUGCCAGUUUAUCUGUGGUUGUUCAUCACCGAAGACGAGAUAAUACAGUAGCCUAACCACACUUUCGAAGAGCUUAGCUCUUUCUUGAUGCAUGUUAUUAACAAUUGCGGGCUGCAAUGCUUCAUGUAAUUAAGGCUUGUUUGUGGUUAGAUGUCAGGCAGUGCUAAGAUGUUCACCAAUUCACCAUUUCCUCAAAGCUUCUGCCCAAAACUGUUUCGUUUUAAUGCAUGUUCCUGAAUGACUGUAAUAUUGUGUUGCAUCUUCCUGAAGGACUGUAAUAUUGUGCUAAGAUGUCUCGUGAAAGAUU